GGCUGCUGGAGCCUGCAUCAUGUCGAGUCGGCAGAGGAGGAAGGCUCUGCCCUGGGCACUGUCACUGCUUCUCAUGGGCUUCCAGCUCCUGGUGACCUAUGCCUGGUGUUCUGAAGAGGAAAUGGGUGGUAAUAAUAAAAUAGUCCAGGAUCCUAUGUUCCUCGCCACAGUGGAGUUUGCCUUGAACACUUUCAACGUGCAGAGCAAGGAGGAACAUGCCUACAGGCUGUUGCGUGUUUUGAGUUCAUGGAGAGAGGACAGCAUGGACAGAAAGUGGCGAGGUAAGAUGGUGUUCUCCAUGAAUCUGCAACUGCGCCAAACUGUAUGUUGGAAAUUUGAAGAUGACAUUGAAAACUGCCCUUUUCAAGAAAGCCCGGAGCUGAACAAUGUAAGAUAGGGCGUCAGCUUUCCUCAGGUCCACAACUGUGGAUGCUGCAUGGGUUGUGGUGUGGGCACAGGAGCAGCUGACAAAGCCAUUCCGAGCGACAAAGGCAAGUGA